AGCAGCAGCAGUCAAGCCUCCAACCCUAAAAGACGUUGUAUAGUUGUGGCCCUACCCUAGCUCGCUCAUUCUCUCGACUCCCCAAAAACCCUUCAUUCUCAAAAACCUUCCCUCUUCAUUUCCCGCGGCCGUAUUCUCCACUGCUCCUCUCUCUCUCUCUGCGUUAUCUCAUACUCAAUACUACAAACCAACUACAUACAAUACCCUCCUCCCCUCCCCUGUUCUUCCUGUAUCUCAAGUUCUAUUAUACGAACCGUGGGUUGUAAGAUGCGCCCUAGUCACUAUGCACAAGUUGGUGAUGUUGGGAUGCCCUCCUGCCUCCACCCCAUCUAUUUUAAUCCUUAAUCAUUCUUCUCUUCCAUCUCUCUCCAACGCUGCCCUUCCCUCUCUUCGUUCUUGCAACGGCGCACCAAUUGUUCAAAAAAACAUGUCUCUAUCUCAUGCCGUCUUCCGCAUGCCUCACUCUCUUCACCAUCCAGGGAACCACUUCACCGCAGCUGCUGCUAACGCCCUCCGGCUAGGGAAAAUGGCCCCCGGCAGUUUCUCCACUGAUAGCGUUGCCACUGGCCGUGUAGUGCCUUUUCGGGCUUGGAUAGUUCGCAAGCAGCGUAAUUUGGGUGCUUCUUCUUGGGCACCUUACAGAACCUGGUUUUGUACACAUGUCGGAGUUGCGGACACGGGUGGUGAUGAGUCGUUGUUAGGGGCGGAGGAUGAAGCGGAAAAUGUAAAAGCGAAGGUGCAGCGGAGGCAGAGGAGUAGUGAAUCAUCGACGGUAGUGCGGAGUCCGGAUUUGUUGACAAUACCUGGAGUGGGGCCUAGGAAUUUGAGGAAGCUGGUAGAGAAAGGCUUUGAGGGUGUAGCACAGCUCAAACAACUCUAUAAGGACAAGUUUCUCGGACAAUCUAGUCAGAAGAUGGUGGAGUUUCUACAGAGUUCAGUAGGAAUCAUACAUAAAAAUCACGCUGAGAGCAUAACUACAUAUAUCAAGGAGAGUGUGGAUGAAGAGCUGGAGCAACAUGGCCCGAAGACUGCUAAUAAGAAACGGAUCACUCUUUGUGUUGAAGGAAAUAUUAGUGUAGGAAAAACCACAUUUUUGCGAAGAAUAGCUAAUGAAACACUUGAGCUUAGAGAUCUUGUGGAGAUAGUUCCUGAACCCAUUGACAAGUGGCAGAAUGUUGGUCCAGAUCACUUUAACAUAUUAGAUGCAUUCUAUGCUGAGCCUGAGAGAUAUGCAUAUACCUUCCAAAAUUACGUCUUUGUUACUAGAGUUAUGCAGGAGAGGGAGUCUUCUGGCGGCAUCAAGCCUCUCAGGUUGAUGGAAAGGAGUAUUUUCAGCGAUAGGAUGGUGUUUGUGAGAGCUGUUCAUGAGGCUAAGUGGAUGAAUGAGAUGGAGAUCAGCAUCUACGACUCGUGGUUUGAUCCGGUUGUUUCAAGUUUGCCUGGUCUUAUUCCAGAUGGGUUUAUCUACCUUAGAGCUAGCCCUGAUACUUGCCACAAGCGUAUGAUGUUGCGUAAGCGAGCAGAGGAGGGUGGAGUCACUCUUGAUUAUCUCCAAGGCUUGCAUGAAAAACAUGAAAGCUGGCUUUUUCCCUUCCAAAGCGGGAAUCAUGGAGUGCUGUCCAUGAGCAAGCUACCCUUAGACAUUGACUGGUCUUUACAUCCCAAUAUAAGGGAUCGUGUAUUUUAUCUGGAUGGUGAUCAUAUGCACUCAAGCAUUCGAAAGGUUCCUGCUUUGGUCCUCGACUGUGAGCCUGACAUUGAUUUCACCAGGGACAUUGAGGCCAAGCGAGAGUAUGCUCGCCAAGUGGCAGAGUUCUUCGAAUUUGUGAAGAGCAAGAAGGAAAUUUCUAGUUUGAAUGGUGGAGAUGAGAAUGGUGCAAAGAGUAAUCAGGGGCAGAUGUUGCAACUACCACAUCAUGGGAAUUUAUGGAUGCCUGGCACAAAGGCAUUCCCAGAUUCAUUCAUCACUCGAGUCGGUGGAUUCUAGACAGACCGAGUCUUUUUUAAUGCCACACUAGCUAGCUAUUGGUAUUCCCAUCCUUGGCUUUGCAUUGAUGUGCUAUGUCCAUAUGUUGAAAUAGGGUUAGCAUUCUUUUCUAUCUUGCAUUAUCCCCUACCACUUUUAAUCUCUAUAUGUAGAAUUGAGUGUAGUUAGUUAGUUGUGUGUGCAUGCUCUUUGCCCAUGGGAGGUGAUCCAUCUCCAUCCUUAAACUAUGGUGACCCGGCAGCCAAGUUUUCUGUAUCAGUGUGUGGCUGUCAUGUUAUGUUAUCCUAGUAAAAGAUAUUUCUGGUGAAAUGAUAAACUCACUCGUAAGAAACAGGUCAUAUUGUUUAUAUUA